GAUAAAAUAAAAAAAGAAUUUGGUGCGUAGGCAGAUUAUAAAUGCACUCGAUUAAUAGUGGAAAACAAAGAAAAAGAAAGAAAAGGACAAUCAUGUUUUAGCAUAAGUUCGUUAUAUCAUACCGAUAAUGCAUUGUAUCUAAUGUUAAAAUUGAAUAAUUGUGAUAAAUAUAGAGAAACAAAUUUUUUUUUUUCUGACGCAAGUGAAAGUAUUGCGGAUCGUUAGUAUUGUGAACAAAGGCACUUGACUUCAAACUUGAAGCCACGUAAUUAUGUUCAUAAAAUUAUUUCUGAAUAGUAGCAGUGCGCGUUGAGCUGCAGUAUCAUCGCAAAUAGAUAAAACCUGCGAUGUUGAGAUGUUUUUGUGCUGAUAUCAUUGAAUGAAAGUAGCAAGUAGUUAUUAACUUUAUUCUGGACAGACUAUACUUUUGAAUUAUAAUUUUAGAUUUAUGAUAAAAAGAUAUUUCAUAUUAUAAUUCAUUAUGGAAGCACCUAUUCCUGGAUGGAGGCGAUUUACAUAUAUGGAACCAUUGGCAUUUGCUUUAUUUUUUGCCUUUUCUGUAUCAGACAAUGUAAUGACUGACUUUAUCGUGUAUCGAAUGUGUAAAAGUAUGUCAAGCUUAAACAAUAGCGAGUGUGAUAUUUUACACGAAAACAGCAGUAGCAAAGAAGCAAUAAUAGUAGAAAAAUUAGUCCAACCGCAUACAGGGCUUAUUUUGGUAUUAAAAUCAUGUAUUGAAACAAUAUUUCCAACGAUAAUGUCCCUCUUUCUUGGUCCGUGGAGCGAUAAAAAUGGUAGAAAACCAUUACUUAUCUUUCCAUUCACAGGUUUAAUAUUGUACUAUGCAACAAUUACUUGCCUUAGUAGCAUCGAUGUCAAUAUAUAUUGGCUUCUUUUAUCUUCCAUACCUUUCUCAUUGUUGGGUGGAUUUCCAGCAAUUUUACUAACAUUUUUUUGUUAUACCACGGAUAUAUCGAAUAAUCAAAACAGAGCUUGGCACUUGGCUUGUCUGGAUACCACAAUGUUUGCAGGACUUCUAGCAGGAUUAUUUGUGGGUCCAAUGGUAUUUAAGCAAUACGGAUAUAUAGCAGUUUUUUCACUAUCUACGCUAUUGUGCUUCUUGGCAUUACUAUACUCCAUACUUUUUGUGAAAGAAACGAUUGAAAAUGAUAAUAUGCGUACAUUAAGAAGUGUAUUUGACAUUUCCUUAGUCAAAGAAUUAUUCUGUGCCGUUACUAAACAACGAAACGGAUUCGAUAGAUAUUUAGUGUGGAGUUGCAUUUCAGCCAUUGCUUUACACAUUGUAAUAAUAGAGGGUAAUUCCUCUAUUUCAUUUCUUUUUGCCAGUUCCAAAUUAGGCUGGAAUAUCACAGAUUUUUCUAUAUAUUCGGGGACUCAUAUUCUAAUCUCUAUAGUCGGAAUGUUAUUUCUGAUUAAAUUUAUCGGUUCAUUUUUAAGACUUCCCGAUACUUUCAUUAUUGUUUUAUCGUGUUUAUCGAACAGUGCGGCCUGUUUAACAAAGGGUUUCGUUUAUAAAUCAUGGCAAAUGUAUUUUUCAUCGGGUAUCGGAAUGUUUAGUUCAACCGCUAUUCCAAUGAUUAGAGCUAUAAUAUCGAAAUCAGUUCCCCCAAACGAUGUAGGUAAAACAUUCUCAUUAACAACUACAAUGGAGAUGAUAGUACCAUUUGCAAGUACGCCUUUGUAUAUAUUUAUUUAUACACGUACGUUGAGUCAAUAUCCUUGCCCAGUAUGGUUUUUGUCUGCGGUACUGCCAAUUGUAAUUAUAAUGCUUGCAAUUAUUAUUGAACAUAGAUGGAGAAAAUUAAAAAAUACCGAAUAUACUCCAUUUAUGAAUAAUUUUAAUUGA